AUGCUUUCUAAGCUCGUACUCUUCAAGUUAUUUUUGACCCUCGCCAUUCUCGCUCCAGCUUCGGCCGCUCCUGCUAACGACAACAAGCCCUGCCCUCCCGCAAACGCCAACUCGAACGCUCAAGCCGCCCCAUGGUGUCGUACCACCAGCACCAUCAUCACUCCUACUUCUACCUCCCUCGCCUCGUCCGUUCCCGAACCGACCACCUCCCAGACUCCUCCUACCCCACCUGCUUCAGGCGAACGUAAACGCUGCGCGAUCCAGGCGCUCGGUGGGGACGCCGACGAUGCUCCGGCGAUCAAUCGGGCUUUCGAGGAGUGCAGUCAGGGUGGGGUGGUUGCUUUCGAAUACGGUGUGAGGUAUAACGCCUACAACCCCGUCUCCGCCCUCAAGCUCAACGGUACCAAGGUCGAAUUCUACGGCAACGUCCACUUGCCGGAAGAUAUCCCUACCGUCCAAGCUAUCGUUGCCGAUCCCAAGGUGUACGAUGGGUAUUGGUUCAGGUUCAAGGGAGAGGGGUUGGAAUGGGUGGGGACGAAGGAUAUCAAUGCCGGAUGGAUCGAUUCUCAUGGUCAAGCUUGGUGGGACGCAAAUCCAGCGGGCCAAGGUGGACUUCCCAACCGCCCUCACUUGCUCCGAUUUGAUAUCAAGAAAAGCACCAUCAAGAACUUGAAGAGCGAGAAGCCUAUUGGGUGGAACACUAGGAUCGUAGCUGAUGAUCUGUACAUCGAGGGCACUGUUGUGAACGCGCAUUCCGAGUCGGGUAGUUUCCCCUUCAACACCGACGGCCUGGGUCUCAGUGGAACCAACAUCUUGGCGGUCGACUCCAAGAUUGAUAACGGUGACGACUGUUUCGCGAUCACCACCCCGUCCAGGAACAUCACCAUGCGCAAGGCCACCUGCGGCGGUCCGGGAACGCACGGGCUUUCUAUCGGGUCGUUGGGCAAGAAUCAGGCUCAGGUCAAUACCGUUCGGGAUAUCACUUUCGAGGAUAUCACGAUGAUCGAUGCCUUGUACGGGGCUAGGUUCAAGUCUUGGGUCGGCGGACAAGGUAUUACCGAGAACAUCAAGUAUCACGAUAUCCGGUUGUACAACGUCACCUACCCCAUAGCCGUCACCCAGACCUACGUCGAUCAGAACAACCCUGGCGGGGAUCGAGUCAAUAACGGUUCCGUCAUUCUCAAGAACUUUUCCUUUAAAGAUUGGGUCGGCGAUAUCAACAGCUUCCAACCCGGUGACAAAUCCUGCAUCUCGGACCCUUGUUGGUACGAACAAGAUCUACCCGAGUUCACCGGUUCUCAAGGCAUCUUUUUCAGCUGUGCCAACGAAGGGUCUUGUCAAGGGUUCGAGACGGAGAACCUCAGGAUCUACGGACAAAACGGGGUUCCAGCCGAGUUUUUGUGCAAGAAUGUUCAUGCGGCUUCGAACCCGAACUUGGGGUUCACUUGCGCCGAUAAUCUUUGAUCGGUUGUCCUGUGCGUUUGCUGUAACGCUUCAGGUACCUAGUCGGGCCAUCAGCAGACCUUGAGUUAGAGAAUGUAUUAUCUCCGUCUGUUCCAUUCUACGUGUAUUUAUAUAUAUAUUGUACUAGUCGCCUCGUAAUACUGUUUCAAGUUUUUCUGAAGAUUGCGAGGUCUGGCCUGCAUGCUAUACCUUGUGCGGCUUUUCGUCGUCGAAACAGGUUCUGUUGUGAUUAAACAUCAAUAAUAUGUAUUCAACGUUCGCAAAGCGAGCGGUCACUCUAAUAUGGAAGCACGUACAAGGGCACAUAAGGAAGAUCUCGGGCAGAAAAUUG